AUGUCGACUUUCUCUAUGUUGGAAAAGACGGGUUUGUCAGGGCAGAAGGAAAAGAGUGAAAAGCUAGUGCUGGAGGAAACUGCAUAUGAAGAAAUCGAAAGGGAUUUUCAGGAGGUUCUCAGUGAACUUUCAGGGGACAAAAGUUUGGAGAAAUUUAGGGUUGAAUAUGAGAAGCUUCAUGCUGUCAUGAGAAAGUCUUAUGACAAUGAAAAGCGUCUGAUGGCCAAGUGCAGAGAGCUGAACGCAGAGAUCGUGGUUAAUUCCGCGAAGGUCGCCACUGCCCUGAAGCUCUCUCAGGAUGAUCAGACCACCAUCGCAUCCCUGAAGAAGGAAAUUGAAAAGGCCUGGAAGAUGGUGGAUUCAGCCUAUGAUAAAGAGCAGAAGGCAAAGGAGACGAUUCUUGCCCUGAAAGAGGAAAUAGUGAACCUAACCAAACUAGUCGAGCAAGGGUCUGGACUGUCCAUGGACCAAGAUAGCAAUAUCCGGGAUUUGCUGAAGUUCAAAGAAGAAGUGACAAAGGAGCGAGACCAGCUGUUGUCAGAAGUGGUGAAAUUACGAGAGUGCUUAGCUCAGACCGUUGAACAGCAGCAAGAAAUGGAGCGGUCCAGGGAAGAGGCAGAGCAGGCCAUCAGCCAGUUCCAACAAGAAAUCCAGCAACGUCAGAAUGAAGCUUCACGGGAGACCCGGAAGAAAGAAAAACUAGAGAAGGAGCUCAGGCAGAUUCAGACGGACAUGGACAGCAGGCAGACGGAAAUCAAGGCGCUGCAGCAGUAUGUGCAGAAGAGCAAGGAGGAACUUCAGAGGCUGGAGCAGCAGCUGAAAGAGCAGAAGAUACUCAAUGAGAGAGCCGCAAAGGAGCUGGAGCAGUUUCAGAUGAGAAAUGCUAAACUUCAGCAAGAGAAUGAACAGCACAGCUUGGUUUGUGAGCAGCUAUCCCAAGAAAACCAGCAGAAGGCGUUGGAGCUCAAAGCCAAAGAGGAAGAAGUCCAUCAGAUGCGCCUUGACAUUGGGAAGCUCAACAAAAUCAGAGAACAAAUCCAUAAGAAACUGCACCAGAUUGAAGAUCAAAAGGCAGAAGUGGAACAGCACAAGGAAACCCUGAAAAAUCAGAUCUUGGGACUAGAGAGAGAGGUGGAGGCCUCAAAGAAACAAGCAGAACUUGAUAAGAAAGCAAUGGAUGAGCUUCUGAGAGAAAGGGACAUAUUGAAUAAGAAUAUGCUUAAGGCGGUCAGUGCAACCCAGAAACAGAUAGACCUGGUAAAGCUCCACGAACAAGCCAAGAGGAAUCUGGAGGAAGAAAUCCAAAACUACAAAGAUGAAGCUCAGAAGCAGAGAAAGAUCAUUUUUCAACUGGAAAAGGAGCGAGAUCGGUACAUCAAUGAAGCCAGUGACCUCACCCAAAAGGUCCUCAUGAACAUGGAAGACAUAAAAGUCCGUGAAAUGCAGAUUUUUGACUAUAGGAAAAAAAUCGCUGAAUCAGAGACUAAAUUAAAACAGCAACAGAACCUGUAUGAAGCUGUGAGAUCAGAUAGGAAUCUGUAUAGUAAAAAUCUGGUUGAGGCUCAGGAUGAAAUAACGGAAAUGAAGAGAAAAUUAAAGAUUAUGACCCACCAGGUAGAUCAACUGAAAGAAGAAAUCUCAGCUAAGGAGUCGGCACUUGUGAAACUACAUCUGGAGCAGCAGCGCAUAGAAAAGGAGAAGGAAACGCUGAAGGCCGAGCUGCAGAAGCUAAGACAACAAGCCCUGGAGACCAAACACUUCAUUGAAAAGCAGGAAGCCGAGGAGAGAAAACUCCUGCGAAUUAUAGCAGAGGCUGAUGGGGAGAGGCUGAGACAGAAGAAGGAAUUGGACCAGGUCAUCAGCGAGAGAGAUAUCCUUGGGUCGCAGCUAGUUCGGCGCAAUGAUGAGUUGGCUUUGCUCUAUGAGAAGAUCAAGAUCCAGCAGUCUGUGCUGAAUAAAGGCGAGAGCCAGUAUAACCAGAGGUUGGAGGACAUGAGAAUUCUCAAACUUGAGAUCAAGAAGCUUCGCCGGGAGAAAGGGAUUCUUGCCAGGAGUGUGGCCAAUGUCGAUGAACUCAGGCAGGAGCUUUUUCACACACAAAGAGAGUUCCUGAAGGAGAGGACGAGAUGCCGAGCCUUGGAGGAGGAACUGGAGAACCCCAUGAAUGUGCACAGAUGGAGGAAGCUUGAGGCCAGUGACCCCAGUACCUUUGAGCUGAUACAGAAAAUACAUACACUGCAGAAGCGUCUCAUCAGCAAGACGGAAGAGGUGGUUGAAAAAGAGCUGCUCCUCCAGGAAAAGGAGAAACUGUAUGUGGAGCUAAAGCACAUCCUGGCUCGGCAGCCUGGGCCCGAGGCUGCGGAGCAGCUGCAGAUCUAUCGCCACACGCUGCGGGAGAAGACCAAGCAGCUUAAAGUUUUGUCUUCAGAAUUGAAUAUGUAUGAAUCACAGAGCCAAGAAUACAAGUACGAGAUUGAAAAACUUACCAAUGAACUGCUGAAUUUAAAGAAGAAAUACCUUGCUCAGAAACGUAAAGAAUACAUUCAGAAAAACAAGGACAGAAUAAGCAUGGAGGACACCUUCUCAAUGGCCAAACCAAGUGGCCCUCGUUUUACUGGGGGUGGAUUUCCCCUCAGCAAGUCAUCCAAGGCGAAGUCAUAA